AUGGCCACGGAGCAUAUAGUCCAUACGGCCGACGAAUACCAUGUCGAGCUUUUACCUAGCGACGACGCGCCGCCGCCACCUUCACCGUCGUGGCGUCUCAGCCUCGACACUUUUCGACUCCCUACUUCAUCACCGUCUUCCGUCGGCCGUCACGACGCUCGUACUCGUUUUUCUCGCUAUUUCCGUACUCCGAGAAAGGAACGUAGAGUCUCUGAAUACUACAAGAAGCAAGAGAGGCUUCUCGAGGGUUUCAAUGAGAUGGAGACUAUCCACGAAGCUGGUUUUGCAUCUGGAGCUCCAACUGCGGAAGAAUUGAAGAAGCUUGCAAAGAGUGAGAGACUUGCAGUUCACAUCUCCAACGCAACAAAUUUGGUGCUCUUUGUGGCAAAAGUCUAUGCCUCUAUGGAGAGUAGAUCCAUGGCUGUGAUUGCUUCAACUCUGGACUCUCUCUUGGAUCUCUUGUCUGGUUUUAUUCUCUGGUUUACUGCUAAUGCCAUGAGUAAACCAAACCAGUUUCACUACCCAAUAGGCAAGCGACGUAUGCAACCUGUGGGCAUCAUUGUGUUUGCUUCUGUGAUGGCAACUCUUGGACUGCAAGUUUUGCUAGAGUCAGGAAGGCAACUAGUCUCCAAGACUGGUAUUCAUAUGAAUAGCACAGAGGAGAAAUGGAUGAUCGGGAUCAUGGUCUCUGUCACCAUAGUCAAGUUUAUACUCAUGCUUUACUGCAGAGGGUUUCAGAACGAAAUCGUCAGAGCCUACGCUCAGGACCACCUCUUCGACGUCGUCACCAAUUCAGUCGGCUUAACAACAGCUGUCUUGGCCGUCAAAUUCUACUGGUGGAUUGAUCCCUCCGGUGCUAUUCUUAUUGCUUUGUACACCAUAGGAACAUGGGCAAGAACCGUACUAGAGAACGUGCAUUCGCUGAUCGGACGCUCUGCGCCGCCAGAUUUCUUGGCGAAGCUGACGUUCUUGAUAUGGAACCAUCACGAGCAGAUCAAGCACAUUGACACUGUGAGGGCUUACACUUUUGGGUCACACUACUUUGUUGAAGUGGACAUUGUUUUGCCAGAGGACAUGAGACUUCAAGAGGCUCACAACAUCGGAGAGACUCUUCAGGAGAAGCUCGAGCAGCUCGCUGAGGUGGAACGUGCUUUUGUCCACAUAGACUUUGAGUUCACUCAUCGUCCUGAACACAAAUACAUUUCUCUGGCUCAGAAUCUUCGCCAUGGAAAUGUAAAGGAAGAAAAUAAUAGACAAGCUCUCAAACCCCACGGAGUCAUGGCUUUUCUUCUUCCUAAUCUAUCUCCUUCAAUCCUUCGUCAAACCGGAAAAUCCCCAAACCUUAAACCCAUUUUCACUCAAUCUCUAGCUUCGUCGUCGCCGUCGUCUUCUGUUAGCUACGAAUUUGAGGAGGACAAUCACUCUACACUCUCUCUUUCUAGCGUGCAGUCUCCUCCUCUUCCAGAUGCGCAGGUUAAGACAAUACCAACUGCGCAAGAUAAGCAUAACCAAGACAGAAAUGAAUUCUAUAUCAAUCUCGGUGUCGCUGUCCGUACGCUUCGUGAAGACUUGCCUUUGAUCUUCACUAGAGAUCUCAACUACGACAUCUACAGGGACGAUGUAACAUUUGUGGAUCCGAUGAACACAUUCAGUGGGAUUGAGAACUACAAAUUGAUCUUCUGGGCACUCAGAUUCCACGGCAAGAUAUUGUUCAGAGACAUCUCACUUGAGAUCUUCAGGGUAUGGCAGCCAUCAGAGAACAUGAUUCUCAUCAGGUGGAAUCUAAAAGGUGUGCCUAGAGUUCCAUGGGAAGCUAAAGGAGAGUUUCAAGGCACUUCUCGGUAUAAACUCGACCGCAAUGGCAAAAUCUACGAGCAUAGAGUCGAUAACUUGGCAUUCAAUUUCCCUCAUCAGCUCAAACCUGCAGUUUCGGUUUUGGAUUUGGUGACUGCUUCCACUGCAAGUAGUCCCAAACCAACGUUCUUCUUCGGUCCUGUGGACUCGUAUUCGUCUUCAUGGAUUGAGUUUUAUCAAGUGGUAAGACGGACGUUGGACCAGACAGAGGAUAUGCUUGUGACAGACAGUGUAGUCACAUGCUCGUAG